AAAGGUUUUAAACAAAAAUACUCAAAGAGUAAAAGAAGAACUAACUGAGGAAGAAAGAGAAGCAAGACAAAAAAAAUUUAUAGAAGAGAAUGAAUCUUUACUGAAAAAGUUUGGAAUGCUCCGUAAAUAUGAUGACAGCAAACGAUUUCUUCAAGAUCAUCCUUUCCUUGCUUGUGAAGAAACAGCAAAUUAUUUAGUCAUGUGGUGUAUUAACUUAGAAGUUGAACAAAAACAUCAAUUGAUGGAGCAUGUUGCCCAUCAAUGUAUAUGUAUGCAAUAUAUAUUAGAAUUGGCCAAACAGUUGGAUACCGAUCCUAGAGCUUGUGUGUCUUCGUUUUUUAGUCGAAUCCAACUGGCUGACCAACAGUACAAAGACGCUUUUGAUGAUGAACUACAAGCAUUUAAGCAAAGAGUAAAAGAUCGGGCCGAAGCAUGUAUUCAGAAAAUUGCAAAGGAAAUCGAAGAAGAAGAGAGAGAGAAGAAAUUAGGACCUGGUGGAUUGGAUCCUGUUGAAGUUUUUGAAUCAUUACCAGAGAAAAUGAAAGAAUGCUUUGAAAAGAGAGACAUAGGCAUGUUACAAGAAGUUAUCGCUCAAAUGCCUGAAGAAGAAGCACGAUACCACAUGAAAAGGUGCGUCGAUUCUGGACUCUGGAUACCGGAUGCAAAAGCUGCCGAAAAAAGUGCAGAAAAUCCUACCAAAGACGAAUGAACUCUAUCCUCCUAAUAUCAAAUGAUGUUGCCAUGUUCUUAAAUGUAGUCCAUGUAUAUUUGUAAUUUGAUCAUAAUAAUGCUAUGAUUUUGGCUACAGUGCUGUAAUGGCAGAAGCAUUGAAUCCAUUUAAUUAAUUGAUCUCUAUCAAAAUUGUGCAUAGAAAUUUAAUAUUCAACAUUUAUUAAAUAUCAAAUGAUGGAUUGUUAAUUUUUGAUAAAAAAUAAAAUGAGAUAAAUAAAAGGGGGGUAAAGGAUUUCUUUUAUAACUGAUAUUUUUACUAAUACUUAUCUUUAAAAUUGUUUAGUAACAUGCCAUAAUACUUAUUUCGACAUGUUACAUCUUUAGUUCAUAUCCUAUGCAUAAUAAAAAAUUGUGUUAAUUUUAGAAUUUGAAUAUGGUAUAAAGCACAAUUUUAUGCAUUUAAUUAUCAGAUUAGAUCUUAAGCCUUUACAGAUUGAAGAAAGUUGUUAUUUACACUUACGUGACUGUAAUUCCAAAAAAUUAUAAUUAAAUGUUAUAACCUUUAUUAUAUAAUGUAGUGUGAUAUUUGAUUUAUUCAUUUAUUAAAUAAAUCCUUUAAGUUUUGAAGUAAAUGUUCAUUGUAAAUUUUUAUCAUUCUUGAAACUUGUACAUUGUAUAAAAAAAAGUUUCAAGAAUGAUAAACAAGAAAAUAAAAAUAGGAAUCAGCCAAUUCUGUAUGAAACAAAACUUGGCAACUUUUAUAAAAAGAUUGAAAAAUUUGUUUUGCAAGAGACAUUAUGGAAGGAGGCUUAAGAUAUUAGCAUCCAAAAAGCAAAUAAUUGAGAUGUGGAAAAUUUACAGAUUUAUGAUGCAGAAUAAAUUAUGAAUUAUUUUUGCUAUGCUUUUGAUAUAUAAAGAAUAUUAAGGAAAAGCCAAUGUUAUCAUUUAAAACACAUGCAAAUAUUUUAUGAAAUAAGCUGUUUAACUGUGUGUGUAAUAAUCUACUACUGAAUUUACUAAUUUAAAAUCAAAGGCUUUUGAAAUGUAAAAUACUUUAAAUGUUCUUGAACAUGGAACACAAGGUAGAUAAUAAAAUUUGUUAGAAUGGAAA